GCUCUAAUUCUUCACUUUUCUGCGGCCCUAACAAAAUGAAAUUUAAAGUGAUGGGACCAGGUGCUGAUGAGCUACAACUGUACAUGGGCAAUGCAGACCCUGUACCUCUGAGCAGGAUGCAUGAAACCUGUGGCAUCUUGGUGAAACGGACACCAUUUGGACUUAUCCUACUUGUCCCAUAUGAUGGAUGUGGCGUUAAACAGAACGGGACCCACGUGUUGACAAUGCAGUGGAGGAAGAGUGUUGUUAAUAUAACCUGCAACAUGUUGCCAAACACUGAUCUCAGUACAACCACUGAGCCUGUUGAUGAUUCUUUAAAAACAACUGGAUUUCACAGAGCCCUUCAUCGUAUGAAGCGGGGUUUUAGAUGGCAUCCCAUAUAUGAUCCUUGUUAUCAACGCCGCCGUUUUCCAUUUUUCCAUUAUUUCUUUUCAACACCAACUCCGACCACCACCACUACUGCUGCUCCGACACAUCCAUCUUUACUUUAUCAACGCUUCUUUAAGAAACUCCUGGAAUACUACCCAUUCUAUGCUCAUUAUUUUAAAAGGCCCAGAUAUCAUCUGCCCCCCUAUUACCAAGCUUAUAACCCUCCAGAAUGGCAUACAUACUUUCAAACGACUCCAAAACCUAAGUUGUUUGCUCAUCCCUUUCAGAAAAUCCUUGCAGAGUAUUUUACCACCCCAAAGACGACUCCAACAACGCCGACAGAGCCAACGGUGACGUCAAGUACUGACUGCCCACAACCAAGGAUUGGUCCUUCUGCAAAGCACAGCAUUUAUAAUUUUGUUCCCAGAGCGUAUGUUGGUAACAGUAAGAUCCAACAAAAUGAGCAGAACUAUAUAUCUGGAUACAGUCAAGCAAAUCCUGAUGCCUUCUGGGAGUCUUUUCCUUUGCUUUAUCAUUCCACAAGUCUAGUUGAUCCAGACUUGGAGGACCUGACAUCUAAGUGAGUGACUAAGCACUCAUGGAACACAGCCUAGUGGUCCUACUUUUUAGAUGUUUGCUUUUUUGUGAAAAACUAAUAAACAAGUU